UACACUUUGCAAGGACACCGAAGAAGGGGCACGUCAGCGCUCCGACUUCCUCCCGACGCCGCCUCUGAUUGGCUGCUGGGCAUGUAAGAAACCAGUGAAUGAGCAGCUGGCCUUUGCAGAAACUUGCAGGAGGUCUUCAGGUGGCAUCGUCCUUUCGUCCUCGUCAACCUUCGGACUAGCCGGCCCGGGGGAAGAUGAGGUCGUCCUGUAUCGUGCUCACCGCUGCGGUGGCGCUGGCCGCCUAUUACGUCUACAUCCCCCUGCCCAGCUCCGUGUCGGAUCCUUGGAAGCUGAUGCUGCUGGACGCGACUUUCAGGGGCGCACAGCAAGUGAGUAACCUGAUCCACUACCUGGGCCUGAGCCAUCAUCUGGUCGCACUGAAUUUUAUCAUCUCUUCUUUCGGCAAGAAAAGCGCGUGGUCAUCCACUCAGGUGAAGGUGACCGACACGGACUUUGACGGCGUGGAAGUCAGAGUGUUUGAAGGCUCUCCGAAGCCAGAAGAGCCCCUGAAACGCAGUGUCAUUUAUAUCCACGGGGGAGGCUGGGCCUUGGCGAGUGCAAAAAUCAGCUAUUACGAUGAACUGUGUACAGCGAUGGCUGAGGAACUGAAUGCUGUCAUUGUCUCCAUUGAGUACAGACUGGUUCCAAAGGUUCAUUUUCCAGAGCAGAUUCACGAUGUUGUGCGGGCCACGAAGUAUUUUCUGCAGCCAGAAGUCUUACAGAAGUAUUCAGUCGACCCAGGCAGAAUUGGCGUUUCUGGGGACAGUGCUGGUGGGAAUUUGGCUGCUGCCCUGGGCCAACAGUUUAGUCAAGAUGCCAACCUGAAAAGCAAGCUCAAACUGCAAGCUUUAAUUUACCCAGUUCUUCAGGCUCUAGAUUUCAACACACCCUCUUAUCAGCAGAAUAUGGACACUCCCAUCCUGCCCCGUUAUGUCAUGGUGAAGUACUGGGUGGACUACUUCAAAGGCAACUAUGACUUUGUCCAGGCAAUGAUAGUUAACAACCACACUUCGCUGGAUGUGGAAGAGGCUGCUGCCCUCAGGGCCCGUCUGAACUGGACAUCCCUCCUGCCCACAGUCUUCACAAAGAACUACAAGCCAGUCAUGCAGACCACUGGCAACGCCAGGAUUGUCCGCGAGAUCCCUCAGUUGCUAGAUGUCCGUUCUGCCCCACUCAUUGCAGACCAGGAAGUCCUGCAGCACCUCCCAAAGACCUAUAUUCUGACUUGUGAGCACGAUGUCCUACGAGAUGAUGGGAUCAUGUAUGCAAAGCGUCUGGAGAGUGCAGGUGUGGAGGUGACCCUGGAUCACUUUGAGGAUGGCUUCCACGGGUGCAUGAUUUUCACCACCUGGCCCACCAACUUCUCAGUGGGAAUCCGGACUAGGAAAAGUUACAUCACAUGGCUGGAUCAAAAUCUGUGAAGAAGUAAAAUUUCUAGAAUGCUUGUGUGCCCCUCUUGACCUGCACCUGCUUUGGAAAGACAUGCACUUUUUAGUCAACUCAUUUCUCCCUUGUUAUUUGUGAGUUAUGGAAUCUGUUCCCUUCCCUGCAUUAAUUUAAUUUUUUAAAAUGUGUUUGACUACAAUAAGUACAAAAACACCUACAUCUGGUUCUCCAAGUUAUCCAGUCUCUCUCUUCUUGUUUUAGCCAAACAGCUAUGAAUAGCCAUUGCUGUGGAGGGCAGGACCAGGGGCUGGAAGUAGCUGUGGGUCCUGCCUUCCCAAGACGUGCUGUUUAGAAGAAAUGCUUCCCACUCUGGAUGACCCAGUAACCUUUAAUGAAGUAAGAAAGUGUGGGCUCUUCUUCAUCUUGCUAGAGUUUACGCUGAGUUCAGAGCACUGUUAAAUGUGUGCGCUUUAAGGUCAUUGCUGGCUACCAAGUGCCCUCCAUCCCUUGUAGGUGGAUGGUUUUGUUUCCUAUGGGAAUUUUGGCGAAGAUGUUCUAGCAAGGACAAGUUUCUCAAAUGACUUUCUCCCUAUAGAGUGUUAAUUUUAUGAGAUAAUGAUCUAUACAUCCAGUUGGAUUAUGAUACUUGAAAGUUACCUUCCACCACUAUUAUUAGAAGAUGUAAGAUUGCAUAUGCCCUGGGUAGCUGUGCAUUGCAAGUCUUCUGGUUAUGCUGUCUCCUUGGGGGAGAACUUUUGGGACCAAACUUACUUAAAUUUGGAAUGAAUUUUCCGUUAUAGAACAAGUGAAAACAGACAAACCAACCAACCUACUGUUUUCAUAGUGAAUACUUCUGACAUAAAUUACUAAGAGCAGUGUGUAUAUAUUGGCCAUAGUCAGAAAGAAGGUAUGUUUGAUAUUAGUUUAAAAUUAUGAAAAGUACUUGUAGAAGGUCUAGUUUAUUCUUGAAAACUCAACUUUUUCACUUACAUGGCUUUAAAUGGGGCUAUUUUGGUAUGUAUAUAAUGUAUUGCUUAUUUUUAAAGUUAUUUCACGUUAAUAUAUGUAGCUGGGCUCAGGAUUUUUUAGAAUAAAGUCUAUAAUGAAGAUUAAAAGUAAUAAUAUUUUUAAAAAUGACCUUAGAAUUAUAUCCACAUGUAAUUUUAUGAAAAGGGUAAAAUAGCUAUGAAUACUACUGUACAUUAGGCCUAAGUAUUGUGAUGUUCACAGGCAUCUACAAAUUAAGAUCAUUAGAAACUAUGACUUCACCUAGCAAAGCCAUCUAAGUUUACAGUUUAUAGCUUAGACAAGACCCACACUGCUCAUCUCUGCUCUUAACGGUCAGAGGGGCACUAGCUCACAUUCUUCUGGGCCGAGGGCAUCGGGGGCCUCCCCCUCAUUAUAUCCUUCCAUCAAGUCUAGAUGUUCUAAUAGCCCAAGUUGAACUUGAUGUAAAGCCUUCACUGCCGGUGGGAGCAUCUUUGGCGUAACUAGAAACUGAAUCCGACAGGAGUUGAGUGCCUCUGCUUUCCUUGCUGCCAGGCCCACGUCUCUCUCUAUCUGUGCUUCUUCCCGGGGCUGCAGAGAGCAGCAUCCAGGCAGGGAAUGUACAGUUUGGUAAAUGGACCAGUUGGGAGAAAGUAGAACCUCUCGCUUAUCUGAAAGAUGGGUAUUUCCCACUCCCGGAAAUGAAAUGACAAAUGAAAAUUUGCAUAGUUCGUUUUAUUUAUUGUGUAAACCAGUAGCGUUUAUUGUACAAAACAGAAGUGAAUGCAACAGUGAAUGUGCGCCUGGGUGUGUCUAAAAGUAGUUGUACAAAUGAGUGUGCUGAUGUGCUCAGGCAAGUCACUUGCCCUGUCUGGGUCUCUUCUCCCUUCUCCUCCGAAAUCAGAGAAUUAACUACUUGAUAUAUGAGGUUUCUUCCAACCAUAAAUUCCAACCAUUUUUUCCAGGUUGACAAAUUAUAUCGAACUCUUCUUCUACAGUGUUGUUUUUUUCUUUUGUAGGUCAUUUAUUCCAUAUACACAGACGCAUGCAUCAUCAGAUAUUUUUUUCUUAAAAAUUAGAAUUUCAAUUCUUACUUUCUUGUAGCUAACCUCCUUGUUUAAUAUUAUGCUUUUGACACUCUUUGAAGGAACUGAUAUUUGGACCUUAUUUUGAGGUUAUCUACCUCUAAUUAAGCAAAGAAAAUACAAUACAUGCACAGACUUCCUUAAAAUAACAUCCCUUGCCCUUAGAAUUACAAGCCAAAUCCUGCAGCAGUUAUAGGCAGUGAGCGACUCCAGAUCUCUACAGGGGGCUCUCAGAGGACAAGGGGGGGUGAAAGAAAAGGGAGUCAAACACUGUUUCUGAGGAAAUACUUGAGUUUCGUUAAAGCUUUUAUAUGUGUGAAUGAUUUAAUGACUUGCACUGUGUCCCACCCACACCGUGAAACUGUCCUUGUAGUAAUCACAGUUGUGAAUCAUGAUACACAAACCCACUAGGUGCAGUAUAAGCUCUACCCAGCCCCAGAUCUGAGUGCUAAGAACUCCUUUGGGAAGCCCACAGAGUUUGUGUUACAGAUAUUCUUAUUUGGGGUGAGUUCAUUUUCUUUUUGUUUUAAUUUUUUAAAGUUAAUGCUCUGCAGAUUGAUGUGUAUAUAUUUUAGUGUUAUGACUUUGUUUUGUUUUCCUAUUUUAUGAAAAAGUUGAUAGCCUUUUUGUAAUAUUGUUGUUUGUGAAAUAUGAACAUAAAUAUAUGAAGAAAAAUCUUGAAGUGCAGCAAAACAUAGUGAAGUGUCAAUUAGUAUUAAUGAUUUUUUUAUUGAUCUGUGAAGAAUUUAAGACUAUUAUAUAAUUAUCUUGGUGGAUAGAAUAUUUUAUGCAUGACCUUUUAACCUGUGACUCUUUGCUUAUUUUCUACUGUGAAGGGAAAGGCAGAUUUUAUGAAGGAUUUUAGCAGCAAAUCUGUUUUAUAAGAUGCAAGUCCAGUAUGGAGGUAGGAAAGUCUGUGUCUGCUUUGACUCAUGUUUGGAAAUAAAGUGGCUCCAGCUGGCACUGUG